AUGGAGAGUCAGGAACUGCCUUACGUGCUAACUGACUGUAUAGGAGGGAGGCAUGGAGUAUAUGAAGACCAUGCUGAAUUUCUGAAGAAACAUUUUUCUCUCAUUACCAUGAAAGAAUAUCUUGAAAAUAAGAAACUUCUCGGUGAAAAGAUCAGAGCUAUUUAUGCGUGGUAUCACAAACCAGUUAUUGAUGAAGAGCUGCUCCGGAGCUUACCUAACUUGAAGAUAGUUGCAAGCUCUGGAGUGGGAAUAGAUCACUUGGACCUGAACCUCCUCUCCAGAUACGGUGUGAAAGUGUCCAACACUCCAUUUAUUGUUUCCAAUGACACUGCAGACUUGGGCAUGGCUUUGAUGCUGGCAUCUUCCAGGAGGCUUGUGGAAGGCUAUGAGAUGGCAGUCUCCCCCGACACAGAGUAUUUCCCUGCUGACUGGCUGGGGGCUGAGGUUUCUGGGGCAACUCUGGGUAUAGUGGGAAUGGGCACCAUUGGCUACAAAGUGGCCAACCGAGCCAAAGCCUUUGAAAUGAAGAUUCUGUAUCACAACAGGAAUCAGAGAAACAAGGAAGAAGAAAGUGCCGUUGGGGCUAUUUACUGUAAGAAGAUAGAUGAUUUGCUCCAGCAGUCAGAUUUUGUGUUGCUCUCUGUGAACCUGACCCCACAGACACACAAACUGAUUGGGAAGAGGCAGCUGCAGCUGAUGAAACCCACAGCCACUCUCAUUAAUAUCAGCAGAGGUCUGGUUGUGGAUCAGGAUGCUUUGGUGGAAGCCCUUCAAAACCACGUUAUUAAGGCGGCUGCUCUGGAUGUCACAUAUCCUGAACCUUUGCCAAGGGGUCACCCUUUGUUAAAGAUGAAGAAUGUUAUAAUAACUCCUCACAUUGGAAGUGCCACCAAAAAGACACGCCGUCUUAUGAUGGAAAACAUGAUGGAAAGCAUACAAGCUGGUCUUACAGGUCUUCCUAUCCCUAAUGAAGUAUUACUGUAAAGGGGCCUGUGUUUAAUGUUAAUACCAUUAGUGUUUAUCCUGGUGUGAGUGAACAGUAAUUUGAUCACUCUUCAUGUAAUUAUCCCAUGUGUGCUAUACAGAUAA